CUGGUAAAAGCCAGUCCUCAGGGAAUGGCCUUUUUGUGGCGCUCAUAAAGCAGCUGCUCACUUCUGCAGUGUUAUGCUAGUGUUCUGCAGGCAAAUGUUAUUUAUGUAUUAUUUCGUAAUAUUUGCUGCUUGCACGCACCGGGCCCCCCGGGGGCCGCCACACUGCGGCAGGUGCCACAAGCUCAUCAAAAGAGGCACGCAAACACAAGACGACCACACGCGGAGUGUUCGAGCCACUUUAAUUGGAGGAUUUGAGGCUCUCGUCGUUCUCACUGUGAGCUAAAUAUAUCGCGGCGGCGACAAGUGUCGCAGAACAGAACCGGGCCACGUUGGGCUGGCAUGUUGUGGGGCCCGGAGGAUGGACGGCUGUGUUGUCGGCGCACCUGUUGCCAAAGAGGCUAACAUCGGACCUUUGGUCAGCGACAACAGCAGAGGAAGUCACGAAACGGAGAGCAGGAUUUGACGAAUUGCGAGAGAAUGGUCGUUCGGGGUUUUGAGCAAGAGGGCGAUCGAUCGUGCUGAUCCGACUGAGACGUUAGAGGGCAUCAAGACCAGGGGGGGCGAUGCUAACGAGGAUGCUAAUGACCAUCAUAACAGAAGCCCACCAGACCCGAGAUUGACGCCAACUUGCCCGGUGCUGGUGAUGAUCCUCCGCACUCAGGCGCUGACACGAAAGGGGGUACGAUGUUUGUGGAGUCUGUGGGUCGAUGGGUAGCAUGGGGCAUCCUGCUCCAAGUGGGAUUGGGUGUCUCCGCAGGAAGUUGCCCUCCUCGCUGUUCGUGUCGGCUCGAGACAAAGGAAGUCAUCUGCUCUGGCAAACAUUUAAACUCCAUCCCGGAGGGCUUUCCCGGUGAUGCGAAACACGUGGAUUUAUCCUACAACAAGAUUCGGACCGUGGGACGCCGCCAGUUCUCUGGCCUCCAUGAACUCCAAGAUCUGGAUCUCAGUGACAAUAUGAUCUCGAUGAUUGAGGUGGAAGCUUUCCAAGGACUACAGAACCUCAGGACGCUUCGGAUUAAGAACAAUCGUCUCAAGAUACUCCCUGUCGGUGUCUUCUCUGGCCUGUCCGGUCUACGUUUUCUAGAUCUGAGCCAGAAUGAGAUUCUGGUCUUCCUGGACUACACCUUCAGAGAAACGGUGAAUCUGCAGACGCUGGACGCCGAAGAGAAUGACUUGGUGUUCAUUUCCCAGCGAGCUUUCUUUGGUUUGCAGAGUUUGCAGGAACUCAACAUCAAUCGCAGUAAUCUGACGUCCAUUCCCACCGAGGCGUUGUCUCAGCUGCAGAGCCUCACGUACCUUCGCAUGCUGCGUCUCACCGUUUCUACGCUGCCCAACAAUGCUUUCCGCCGCCUGCACCGGCUGCGCACCCUCAUUCUGGCCAACUGGCCCUCAUUGGACACGGUGGCCGGCAACAGCUUGAUCGGGCUCAACUUGACCGCUCUGGUCAUCAGCAGCUGCAACCUCAGCGCAGUGCCAUAUUCGGCUCUGCGUCACCUGUCCUACCUGCGCUUCCUGGACCUGUCCUACAACCCCAUCACUGUAAUUCAAGGUCAUCUGCUGCGGGACCUCCUAAGACUCCAAGAGCUGCACCUAGCCGGUGGGAACCUGUUGCGAAUAGUGCCGGGGGCCUUCAAGGGCCUUGCCUCGCUCCGCAUGCUCAACUUGACAUCAAACCAGCUUACAACUUUGGAGGAGAGCACCUUGCACUCAGUAGGGAACCUUCAGGUGCUGAGGUUGGACGGGAAUCCCCUGUCCUGCGACUGCCGUCUGCUCUGGGUGGUCCGUCGGCGAUUACGUUUGAACUUUGACGGACGUCAACCCACGUGUUCGUCCCCUGACACCGUUAGGCAGCGAGAAUUCAGGGACUUUUCCGAAAAGGAGCUGCCAAGGGUGUUCACCUGCCGACCCGCUCGAAUCCUGGACCGUAGGCCGCAGGAGGCCAGGGUGGAAGACGGCACCACCGUUCUCUUCUCGUGCAAGGCAGAUGGGGAUCCUGCUCCAUCCGUCACCUGGAUCUCAUCUCACAGGAACGUAGUUUCUCCGGCGGGAAGAAUCAGAGUUUUACCCAACGGUACCCUGGAGGUGCGGUUUGCGCAGGUCCAUGACAGCGGCACAUAUCAGUGCCUCGCGGGCAACGCCGCCGGCAACGACAGCAUUACAGUCGGCCUCUAUGUUAAGGGGGGCUCACGCAACCGGACCAUCCCCUUCUUCACAGAGGAAGACUGGUUAGAGCCCCCGAUUCCACAAGCCACCAACUCCUCGGCCCAACUGGCAAAGCCAUACCCCUUUGACGCCAAGACCCUGAUCAUCGCCACCACCAUGGGCUUCCUGUCCUUCCUCAGCUCGGUGGCCAUCUGCUUCAUCUUCAUGUUCUUCUGGAGCCAGAGCAAAGGCCAGAUCAAGCACACGGCCACCAUCGACUUCGUCCCUCGCUCUUCCAUGGGCGGCGGAGGGGACGGCGGGGACGGCGGCAGAUUCACCAUGAAACUUAUUUAAAGCCAAUUAAGUGUUCACCGUUUUGAGGACUACUCGAAUGUCUUUCAGAGAGAAACUUUCUUGGGCUUGUUAGAAUUUGAGGGCAGGGGUUUUCAAACGUUUUGGGUCUUGGGAACACUCAUAAGGACUCCCCUCAUGGGGUGAGUGUGAACCUCACUGCAAUAGAGAU